AGGCGGCUCCGCGCUCGCACUUCGGCUCGGCCGCCCCACCGCGCACUCGCCUCUCCGCUCCCGCCGCAGCCCCAGGGCCCCUCGCCGCCGCCACCAUGGACGCCAUCAAGAAGAAGAUGCAGAUGCUCAAGCUCGACAAGGAGAACGCCUUGGAUCGAGCCGAGCAGGCGGAGGCCGAUAAGAAGGCGGCGGAGGACAGGAGCAAGCAGCUGGAGGAGGACAUCGCGGCGAAGGAGAAGCUGCUGCGGGCGUCGGAGGACGAGCGGGACCGGGUGCUGGAGGAGCUGCACAAGGCGGAGGACAGCCUCCUGGCCGCAGAUGAGGCCGCCGCCAAGCUGGAAGAUGAGCUGGUGUCGCUGCAAAAGAAACUGAAGGGCACCGAAGAUGAACUGGACAAAUACUCCGAGGCUCUCAAAGAUGCCCAGGAGAAGUUGGAGCUGGCGGAGAAAAAGGCCACUGACGCUGAAGCCGAUGUAGCUUCUCUGAACAGACGCAUCCAGCUGGUUGAGGAAGAGUUGGAUCGUGCCCAGGAGCGACUGGCAACAGCUUUGCAGAAGCUGGAGGAGGCCGAGAAGGCAGCAGACGAGAGUGAGAGAGGCAUGAAAGUCAUUGAAAGUCGAGCCCAAAAGGAUGAGGAGAAAAUGGAAAUUCAGGAGAUCCAACUGAAAGAGGCCAAGCACAUUGCUGAAGAUGCCGACCGCAAGUAUGAAGAGGUGGCCCGUAAGCUGGUCAUCAUUGAGAGUGACCUGGAGCGCGCAGAGGAGCGGGCUGAGCUCUCAGAAAGCAAAUGUGCCGAGCUUGAAGAAGAAUUGAAAACUGUGACGAACAACUUGAAGUCACUGGAGGCUCAGGCUGAGAAGUACUCACAGAAGGAGGACAAGUAUGAGGAAGAGAUCAAGGUCCUUUCUGACAAGCUGAAGGAGGCUGAGACUCGGGCUGAGUUUGCAGAGAGGUCAGUAACUAAAUUGGAGAAAAGCAUCGAUGACUUAGAAGAGAAAGUGGCUCAUGCCAAAGAAGAAAACCUUAGUAUGCACCAGAUGCUGGAUCAGACUUUACUGGAGUUAAACAACAUGUGAACCCUCCUUAGCUGCGACCACACUCUUUUCAUGUCGUUUUGUUGUCAUUUUGUUUUGUUUUUUGUUUUAUUUUGUUUUGAAACACACCACGCUUACCAUGAAACCCCUUAAACGCAUUUUUAUUUACUUUUACACUGUCACAGAAACAUCCACAAGAUACCAGCUAGGGCAGGGGGUGGGGGAAACACACACAUACAGACAAGGCAAGGCCGUGGCAGGGCUGUAAUGACUUAAAUGUGCCAUUUCCCAGGUUGACGUUGCCACACUUACUACAGAGUUUUGCAACAAAGUAUACUCAGCCAGUCUAGGAAUCCUCCCUAAAUUUGCAGAAAGAUUUCCACUCAAAGUGCCAACGAUGAAUUCAGCAGGAAGAUUAAUGUUGAAAACGCAAUCAGGUGUGGAUUGGUGCUACUUUAAACAAAAGGUCCCACUGUGGUCUUUUGUUCAAUAUUGUACAAUUUAGAAUCCUGUCCAACACUAAUUUAUUUUGUCUUGAGUUUUAUUAUGAGAUGAGACUGCGGAUCCGGUAUGCCUGAAUUCACCAACGCCAAGGGUUUAUAAGGCACGCUGCUCUUAUAAGACUUCUAGUUCCUUCUCAUUGGCACACCUGCUGCUCAUUACAACUUGUAGGCUAGCGUUCGAUUCAGAAUUCCACUCUCCAUUUCUCCAUGUUAAAGUGAGAGAUUUAGGCACUACGUACAAUUGGUAAAGAAAAAUCAUUUUCUUAAAAGCUAUAACUAUAUGUAAACAUUGUAUAAUGGUAUGGAAUAAAAUGCACAUUGUAGGACAUUUUCUAAA